AUGUGAUAUCAGAGGGACAGAGUGGGUAUAAAAGCUGCUGCAGUGGAGCUGAGCUGACACCGAGGCUCAAACUGACUCCAUCAUGAAGACUUUCAUUCUUCUGGCUCUGUGCGCUGCAGCAUUUGCUGCUCCCAUUGAUGAGGAUGACAAGAUUGUUGGAGGCUACGAGUGCAGAAAGAACGCGUUGCCCUACCAGGUCUCUCUGAGCUCUGGCUACCACUUCUGUGGAGGCUCCCUGAUCUCCAGCACCUGGGUGGUGUCUGCUGCUCACUGCUACAAGUCCCGCGUCCAGCUGCGUCUUGGUGAGCACAACAUUGCGGUCAACGAGGGCACCGAGCAGUUCAUCAACUCUGCUAAGGUCAUCCGUCAUCCCAGGUACAACAGCCGCAACCUGGACAAUGACAUCAUGCUGAUCAAGCUGAGCAAGCCCGCCACCCUGAACAGCAAAGUCGGCUCCGUGUCCCUGCCCUCCACCUGUGCCAGCGCUGGCACCCGCUGUCUGAUCUCUGGAUGGGGCAACCUGAGCGGCUCUGGAAGCAACUACCCUGAUCGCCUGAUGUGUCUGGAUGCCCCCAUCCUGAGCGACAGCAGCUGCAGGAGCUCCUACCCUGGACAGAUCACCUCCAACAUGUUCUGUGCUGGAUUCCUCGAGGGAGGCAAGGACUCCUGCCAGGGAGACUCCGGUGGCCCCGUGGUGUGCAAUGGUGUGCUGCAGGGUGUGGUGUCCUGGGGCUACGGCUGUGCCCAGAGGAACAAGCCUGGAGUCUACGCCAAGGUCUGCAACUACACCUCCUGGAUCCGCAGCACCAUGUCCUCCAACUAAACAAAGUCCUGCAUUACAAUGGAUGAAAAAAGUUUAUAAUAAUAACAUGUGACCAAUAGAGCCAGAGUCACAUUGUAAACAUUCUGAAGUGAUGUGUAAUAAAAAAAUAUAAAAAACACA